AGCCACAAAAACAGGCCUGCACCGUGUUCUGAACCGUUUUAUUAUACGCAAAAAAUACACACUUCGUUCGCAACCCCCAAAAUGAUCGAAGAGAUGGAGAAACUAGAAAUCGAACAAUCACAAAACGACGCCGUAAAAUCUAGGGUACGCAACGAUGAGAGCGAGCGAGACGAUCUCGAAGAAGGAGAGAUCGCUGGGAACGACGACGUUUCGUCGUCGACGAAGGCUGUGGAAGCUGUGAUGCAUCCGCUAGAACAUUCGUGGACGUUUUGGUUCGAUAGUCCAUCGGCUAAGUCGAGACAAGCUGCUUGGGGAAGCUCUAUGCGCCCGAUUUACACUUUCUCUGAUGUUGAAGUGUUUUGGAGCCUCUACAACAACAUACACCAUCCAAGCAAGUUGACCCCUCGGGCAGAUCUGUACUGUUUUAAGAAUCACAUUGAGCCAAAGUGGGAGGACCCUAUUUGUGCUAAUGGAGGAAACUGGACUGCCACCUUUCAGAAGGGAAAAUCUGACAAUGCUUGGAUGUACUCGCUGCUUGCAAUGAUCGGGGAGCAAUUUGAUCAUGGAGAUGAAAUUUGUGGAGCAGUAGUUAAUGUCAGAGCCAGGCAGGAAAAAAUAUCUCUAUGGACCAAGAAUGCUGCAAAUGAAGCAGCUCAGUUAAGCAUUGGGAAACAGUGGAAGGAGUUCCUGGACUACAAUGAACAGAUAGGGUUCAUAUUUCAUGAAGAUGCAAAGAAGCAUGACAAAAAUGCUAAGAACAAAUACACUGCAUGAGCGGCUUGGUGAAGGUUGGAAUCGGGAACCAUUGUUAGGAAUUUCUAAAUUUCCUGUGUGUACUAUGUUGCUAUGUGUCCGUUUUUGGAACUAAAAUUCUUGUCAUUAUUUUAAUGUUGAAAACAUACUGAAUUAGUUUAAAUUUCCUAUGUUGACCAUCUUAUUCAGUCUCUUGUGAAUGUUUUCUUGCUUGAA